UAACGAGUCCAACCAUACGGUAAACAGCCCAUUCGAAGCCGCGCGCGGAAACACCAAGUGGAGGCCCAAGACCGAACAAGAUUCUGUAGGUGUUUUUUCUGGCUUCUGUAUGGCAGGGGGUGGGGAAAUUCUGAAUAAUCACGCGUGGUCGAGGCAACCAAAGGGAUUUAAUUCCAGAAAGGCCCAAUGGCCCACACAGUCGAUCGAAGGAAUAAUAGAGCUGCCAUUCAAAUCGUUUUGGUGUGUGCUCUAUUAUGGGGGUAUCCGAACUAUCUCGCACAUAACACAUGGAGACUCCGUAAGGUCUUCGUACCUCCGUACCGAGGAAGUAUUUGUUGCACCGUGUAUUCCGGGAUUUUCUAAUAUUAUCCCGAACAGCUAUGCUAGAGCAAUCCCGGAAUGCUUCCUCUGCCAAUCGUCACUGUGGACAGUGAACCGAAGAAGGGGGAAGGGGGAAGGAAUUAAACGGGAACAAGCUUUUUCCAGCUCGAUUGUCGGCAUAUGGUAUGACUUCUUGGCCGUGCAUUUUCUUCUCCCGACCACGGUUCAGCAGCCGAGAAGGUUGAGUCGGAUAUGAGCCGACCAGAUGGUUGUCAGAUUCAAAGGGUCGAGAGUAUAUUAACGGCAAUUUUCGUGGAAGUCGUAGAAUCCUAUGGCUGUAACUCCGAGUACAGAGUACGGAGUAUCUGUCAGAGUACUGCACUCUGCUGUUGCCAUUACGCAACCCGAUAAAAAAAGAAAAGGAAAAAACGCGUUUCCCCUAGGCUGGUAGACUGGGUCUGGUUGGACCGUACCAUCGUCAACCCCCGGUCACGACUCAGGGGACAGCCACAGCGGCCAAAUGAGGGA